AGGGGGCGGAGCGAUAACCGGAAAGGGGUGUGGUUAGGGAGGCUGAUUCCGUGGUUUGUGUCGCAGAUUAGUGCCGUCGGCUGUUUCUUUUCUCUUCCCGUAGCUGCGGAUGUAGUCUGGGGAGUUAGCGCGGAAGGAGAUGUGGAGUGUAUGGUGAGAUAGGUGAGCGAGACGAGGCAAGGAGACAUGGAGAAGGCGUUCAGCAAGAUAGACGAGGAGAACCGCUGGAGUCCGCUCUAUGCUGAAAUAAAGUGUAAAUCGCCUGUUUCAUCCAAUAAAAUAGCAAAGAAUCCUGAAAACAAAAAUCGGAACAGAUACAGAGAUGUUAGUCCAUAUGACCAUAGCCGUGUUAAGCUUCAGAAUGUGGAAAAUGAUUAUAUCAACGCCAGUUUUGUUGUUGUUGAGGAAGCUGAAAGAAAUUACAUUCUAACCCAGGGCCCGCUUCCCAAUACCUGCUGUCAUUUCUGGUUAAUGGUCUGGCAACAAAAGAGUAAAGCAAUCGUAAUGCUGAACCGAGUCAUUGAAAAGGAUGCGGUAAAGUGUGCACAGUACUGGCCUGCUCCGGAGGAAGAGGUUUUACUCUUCAAGGAAACGGGCCUUUGUGUCAAGUUAUUGUCGGAAGACAUCAAAUCCUACUACACUGUUCGAGUGCUACAGUUACAGAAUAUUAACACUUCUGAAGUAAGAGAAAUUUACCAUUUCCAUUAUACUACCUGGCCGGACUUUGGAGUCCCCGAGUCCCCAGCCUCUUUCCUAAACUUCCUGUUUAAAGUGCGAGAUUCGGGCUCCUUGGGCCCCGCGUACGGACCCUGUGUUGUACACUGCAGUGCCGGGAUAGGACGCUCCGGAACGUUCUCAUUGGUUGACACGUGUCUUGUACUGAUGGAAAAACGAAAGGACCCGUCUUCUGUAGAUAUAAAGGAAGUGUUGCUGAAUAUGAGACACUAUCGGAUGGGACUAAUUCAGACCCCGGGCCAGCUCCGAUUCUCCUACAUGGCUGUCAUGGAGGGGGCGAAGUACAUAAUGGGCGAUUCAAGUCUACAGGAUGAGUGGCGAGAACUUUCCAAAGAAGAUCAAUCUCCCAAAGCAGACAGCUACCCGUCACUUCAAAGACAGGCUGGGGAGAAGUUCAAUGGGAACAGGCUUUCUACGGAAGAGCAAGGACCAACGGAGAAAAACUCUGAGCCGUGCUUGAAACCUCAGGCUGGUGUCGAUGGAGAUCCAGACAGUAAGCUCCGAAAAAGGCAGCGUGACGACCGGAAAGCAAACACAGCACAGAAGGUGCAGCAGAUGAAGCAGAAGUUGAAUGAAGUGGAACGGAAAAGAAAAAGGCCGAGGCUCCUCGACACCUAAACCUUCACGGCUUGUGAUUACUCUACAACAGUUACACUGCGAAACCAUUGAUAUGCAAAGCAAGAUAUGAACCCUCCAGGAACAAUUGUGAGGUUUACUAUUGAGCUGACCUCCUUUAUGUGUUUACCAGGUAAACUACUCCAGCCAGGAGGGUGAAGACCAUCACCAGCACGAGACUUUGCGGAACAAGCUCGCAUCAUUUGGUGUUCAGUGUUUUUUAAUGCAUGUAAUGUAGAAAUAUUAUGUAAGAUACAUUAGAGUACUUUCUAUCAUUCUGCCAUUCACAUUGUAUUUUUAUACUUUUGGGCAGCAUUAAAUAUUUUUUUAAAGUGUUAAA